AGUAAAGAAGAAAAUAGAAACCAAACCUCGCCUUUCCCUACAGACUGCUCCUAUAUAAAUAAAAACAAUGGCAUGUGUGAGCAGCAGUAGCAGCUUUGUGUGUUUUCCCUUGUCAAGACCCAUAUCAAGAACAACAAGGUUGGGGCUAAUGGCUGCAACAACUGUAAAAGCAGAGGCCAUUACUACAGAGAAAUCUGGUGUCAAGAUCGUGAGGAAUCCUCCUGAGUCCAAACUCACCGAGCUCGGAGUCCGCUCAUGGCCCAAGUGGGGUUGCCCUGCAAGCAAAUUCCCAUGGACAUAUUCUGCCAAGGAAAUAUGCUAUCUUCUGGAGGGAAAAGUGAAAGUUUAUCCUGAUGGAUCAACUGACGCUGUUGAAAUUGGUGCUGGUGAUUUGGUUGAGUUUCCCAAAGGAAUGAGCUGCACUUGGGAUGUUUCUGUAGGUGUAGACAAGCACUACAAGUUUGAGUAAUGUUUAUCUUUUCUUUUUGUCAAUAUACAUAUAUACAUAAACUAUUUGCUGCUUGUAUGAAUUUGCAACUAUUUUCUUGAUUUUAUGCGCCUGAACUUUAUGGCCACUCCUUUCCUUUCUCUGCCUGUGUGUAUGCCUGCUUCUAUUUUGUUUUUGAUACAAUUACCUCUGAUUGAGAUUUAAACUUGAGAUCUCAUGACCUCGAGAUUACUAGA